CUUUGGGCCAAUGGCAACAGGAGGUGAUGAAAUUUCUGACAAGGUUGCUAUAAUUUAGAAAUCAUGAUGGAGGCCACACAUUCACACCCUUCUGAAAGUGAACAAGAAUCCCUUGUGACCAAAGAACCAGACCAUGGCAUUCAGCUAGAUCCAGCCUUCAUUGACAGGCUGAAAGUAGCUGCUGCUACUGCAAUAGUCAAGCAGAAACCACCCUCCAUGUCUGGCAAGGAUUAUGCAAAACAGCUGGCUGAGAGACUAAGAAGGAAAGAAGAUUCAUGGAAAACAAAGACUAAGAAUCUGGAGAUGGAAUUACUGAAGACUCAGCAGGAACUCUUGUUGGCUAAAACUAAAGCUUCUUAUCCCAGCGACAUGAAUGAAAGAGAGGUGAUAAGUGCUUCACACAGUGAGCCAACCCCUGAUGAGCCUGCAUUCCUGACACCUCCUUCAUCAUCAGAAGAAUGUCAUCAUGUUGAUCACCAGAUGGCGCUCUCUAGAAAUACAAAAUUUCUUCAUAGUCUCUCAACCCUUUCUGCUGUAAGCAGGACAGAAGGCCACAUCAAGGUGAUUGAAAGGUCAUCAGAGGUCAUAGUCGACAGUGUGAAAACUACAGUAGAAUAUAUCAUGGGGAAAUCAAAAGACAAAGCCCCAAGUCACUGCCUAUCAUCCCGGAUGCUCCAGAAGGAUGCUGAUGCUAUGGUGAAGACCUUGGAUUCCAGGUUACCCCCAGGAUGCAGGGAUGAUGUUAUCUCUUUGAUAGGCAAGAUGGUUGAGAGUAUUCUAGAUGAUGUGAUGGAGAACUCCAAGAUAUGCAAUACAUACUCUCAGAGAGAAUCCUGUUGCACCCUCAUCCGUCUCUCAAAAUCAUCGCAUCUACUUCCGACCAUCCUCACCUCCAUCCUGGAGAAAAUUGAAAAGGUAUCCAUCUCCCUCCGCAACAUCCGUCUCCAUGGCAACUGCAUGGAUGUGCAGCUCCUUGAGAACUCAUUCUUCCUCUUCUCAACAAUGGAAGAUAUUCUUGUUUCUAUACAGGCAUCAUCAUCGCUAUCCUCGUCAGAUACAAUGUCAUCAAAAGGAAACACUCUGUUUAGCACAAAGGAAACACAUUCCCAGACCAGGACUAGCUUCAAUCAUCAUUCAACACAGAAUCCAUCUUCAGUUUGUGAUGAGGAUGAUAACACUAGUGAUAAGGACAUUAGAGUGAAAUCUUUGAGAGGUAAGACCGGUCACCAAACACAAAAACUAAGCUUGGAUCAGGGUUUCCGGAUGAAUAUACAACAGAGAUUGGAGGACAGUCUUCUUCAUAUCUCCAAUGACUUUCCUCUCUAUGCUCAGUAUGUAUGGAGGUUGACUGGAAUCUUGGAAUUAAUGAAUGUCUAGAGAAUGUGUUUUUUAUGCUCAUGUUAUAUCUGGUAUGACAUACUGUUUCAUCUGUCCUUGCAAUCUUGAAAUAAUGUUUGACCGUAUCUUGCCCAUUUGUCAUUUGUUCUACCACUAUAAUGCACUUAGGAUAUUCAUUUAUCAUCUUUGCUUGUAAAAACUCACAGAGAGCUCUAUUAUUUAAAAGCCAUGGAUUGCAUUCAAUAAUGAAAAGUGAAAAUUCUCACAUAUACAUUAAGUUCACAUUUCUCAAAAGUGGUCUUUUCAGGACUACAAGUAAGGUUGCUCAAUCAAUAAAUGCAAUCGAUGGAAGCUAUUUAAACAGCGCCACCAUGUGGUGAAAUUGUUAAAACUUGUGAUAUACCACAUCGCCCUAUUGUUUUAAUUGAGUUUCUGAUGAUUUUGUAUUUAGAAAAGUCUAUUUACUGCAAUACUAUCAUGGAUAUACAUGUAGUUUCAAUAAUAUUAUUAUUACACCUUUAAACAUUACGAUCAUCAUUAUCAUCAUCAGAAUCCUUUUCAUCACAAAAUUUGUGUCAGAAUCAUCAACAUCAUAAUCACGACCAUCUCAAUCUUCAUCAUCAUCUUCAUUGACCACCAUCUCGUCAUCAC